AUCUAGGAGUGGAAGCAUUGCGAUUUGCAGAACCAAUACCCAACAAAGAGGACAAAAAUGGAGUCCUCAGAAGGUGCUUCAGCGGAGAUCGUUCUUCCUCUUCCUCUGGCCUCAGAUUCACAGCAACCCUAUGUCUCCGAACUCCUCUCCUUCACUCUUGAUCGCCUUCACAAGGAACCUGAACUGCUUCGUGUCGAUGCCGAUAGGAUUCGCCGGCAAAUGCAAGAGGUCGCCGUCGGUAAUUACCGAUCAUUUAUUGCUGCCGCCGACGCCUUGCUUGCUAUUCGUCAGGAAGUUUCCUCUAUUGACAAGCAUCUUGAAUCUAUGAUAAAUGAGAUCCCAAAGUUGACAUCUGGUUGCACUGCGUUCAUAGAAUCAGCGGAACAGAUUUUGGAGAAGAGGAAGAUGAACCAUACAAUGCUAGCCAAUCACAGUACAUUGCUUGACUUGCUAGAAAUUCCUCAACUUAUGGACACAUGUGUACGGAAUGGGAAUUAUGAUGAAGCCCUAGAUUUGGAAGCAUUUGUUGCUAAACUUUCAACAAUGCAUCCAAAGCUAACAGUUAUUCAAGCAUUGGCUACAGAAGUUAGGCAGACUACCCAAUCACUUCUUUCUCAGCUUCUUCAGAAACUUCGCUCAAAUAUUCAGUUACCCGAGUGCCUUCGCAUUAUUGGAUAUUUACGGAGAAUAGGAGUAUUUAGUGAGUAUGGAAUGCGUUUGCUGUUCUUAAGAUGCCGAGAGGCAUGGCUUACCGCCAUACUUGAAGAUCUGGACCAGGCAAACCCAUAUGAGUACUUGAAAGGGAUGAUUAAUUGUCAUAGAAUGCAUCUUUUUGACGUUGUUAAUCAAUACCGAGCAAUAUUUGCUGACGACACAUCAGUAAAUGAGGGAAAUUAUGAUGGUGGACUUCUUUUUAGUUGGGCUAUGCACCAAAUUACCUCACUCCUACAAAUUCUGAAAGUUAUGCUUCCAAAAAUAACUGAAGGUGGAUCACUGUCAAAUAUUUUAGAUCAGUGCAUGUACUGUGCUAUGGGACUUGGUUGGGUUGGACUAGAUUUUCGAGGCUUGCUCCCAUCACUUUUUGAGGAAGCAGUUCUCAACUUAUUUUCAAAAAAUAUGAGUACCGCAGUAGAGAAUUUUCAGUUGGUUUUGGAUUCACAUCGGUGGGUUCCCCUGCCAGCAGUUGGUUUUCCUGCAAAUACUGUUGGUGAAGAAAGUCAGGAGGAUGUCACUCCACCCUCUUAUCUGAUGGAGCAUCCACCUCUUGCUGUUUUUAUCAAUGGUGUAUCUGCAGCAAUGAAUGAGCUACGUCCGUGUGCCCCAAUAAGCCUAAAACACGUCCUUGUCCGAGAAUUGGUUAAGGGAUUACAGGCUGUUUCUGAUUCAUUGUUACUGUACAACACAACUCGGGUGCUCAGAGCUAACGAAUCAGGACUUUUCCUCUCACUCUGCCGGGCAUUUAUUGAGGUUGCUUAUCCUCAUUGUGCAAAGUGUUUUGGGCGUUGCUAUACUGGUGGAGCAGCUCUUGUUAUGGAUGCUAAGAAUGUGUAUGAUGGAAUCAGCCGCCUGUUAGAGGCCUCCUCUGCAAGAGAACUCCCAAAACCAGUGAAUAAUGGAGAAGCCAAGAGCGUGGCUGAGAAUGGUGUACUGCCAAAAAUGGAAAAUGGAGAAACAUCUGAUGCCAAAGAAUCUGAAGCCAUCAGUGUUGAAGAGGUGAACAAAGACCCUACUUCCCAGACAGAUCAGGAAGACACUAAUCUUGAAAAGCCGCUUGAACAGUGACAUUUUAGUGAUGGGCAAAGUGUAUUCUUUUUUCCUUCUAAAUAUUGCUCCCUGUUUCAGUGUUUUUAUUUUAUUUUGGGGGGGCCUGUUUUAUUCUUUGUAGUUUGUAUUUUCUAAGACGGAUGUCGUCAGCUGUAAUUAUAUGAAUAAGUAUUGAUUGUUAGAUGAACGGAGAAGAGAAUUUUGACACACAUUACUUGUACGAAGCAGGAUUUUAUUUUUGGGAU